AUGGACUCUGUUGAUGGUUGUGGCACAGGAUGGAACGGUAACAUUUUCUCAAUAGCUUUCGCAUUAAUUGAAGGUGAGACAAAGGAUGCUUGGAGUUUCUUUCUUAGGAAUUUGAGAAUACAUGUGACACCACAAGUCAAUAUGUGUCUAAUAUCAGGCAUACAUGAAUCGAUUAAGAGCGCAUAUAACAAUCCUGAAAAUGGAUGGCAAUAUCCUACAUCUUCACACGUCUACUACAUUAGACACAUUACGCAAAACUUCAUGCGUGAGAUUAAAGACAUGGAACUACGCAAAAAAGUUGUUAACAUGGGUUAUCUGUUGACAGAGACGACAUUUAAUUACUAUCGCGGUGAAAUCCGAAGAACAAACAGUGAGGCUUUAUCAUGGAUAGACAACAUCCCUUGGGAGAAGUGGGCAAGGGCAUAUGACGAAGGGCAACGCUGGGGACACAUGACAAUUAACCUGGCAGAAGCAAUGAACUCGAUUUUCACAGAUAAUUGUAAUAUGGAAAUGGUUGAAGAAGUCAGUAAAGCUAGCACUCAUAAUGUCAUGCAAUUUGAUCACGAGAGAUUCUAUUUUAUGGUCCAUGAAAAGAUUAAUCAUAAUGAUGGUCGACCAACAGGUAUUUUCGGCGUUGAUCUUAGAAAAGAGUGGUGCGAUUGUGGGAAAUUUCAAGCAUUUCAGUUAUCUUGCUCCCAUAUCUACAAGGAAAGUUUCUUUGGACUUCCUCAUGAGGAGAAUUGGUCACGAUAUGAAGGAUUUACUCUUUGUCACGAUAAAUCUACUCUUUGCCACGAUGAAUCUAUGAUAAGGAGGAAGAAAGGACGUUCAACCAGCACCCGGAUUAGAACUGAAAUGGACAACGUUGAAAAGGAAAAGAGGAGGUGUGGUAUUUGUCGCAAAAUAGGACAUAUGCGUAGAAAAUGUCCAAAUGUAGCAUGA